AUGGAACUGCACAGAUAUUACUCCAUAUAUCUUUAUAUUUAUUUGGCAUUGAUGUGCAACAAGAGCAGUGAGCUGAAGCCUCAAUACAGUCUCCAGCGGAAACAUGAGACACAAGUUCAGAUUGAAGCGAUUAAGAAAGCAAUCAUGGAACAACUAGGAUUGGAGAAACCUCUUACGCCCAGAAUUAAUAUUUCUAGAACAGAGGAGGAGAAAAUGUAUAAACUUUAUCUUCAGCGUGUGCGGAAAUCCAACCAAAACAGUAGUUUGUUGAACACGAAGUCCACCAGAAUGGAUUCUGUCAGUUCAGUUAUUGUAAAGGGAACAAUUUUGGAAAACUCAAGUAGAACAACAAGUGAUAUAAGCAACAACAAACAACAACUGUACUUUAAUGUUUCCAAUGUCAAGAGCAUACUUGUCUUUUCUAAAGUAAAGAGAGGUGAACUCAGAUUCUACAAGCGCAGAUGUCAGAAUGCAAAUUCACAUCAGAAAACGAUGGACGAAAACCCACAGCUUGUAAGAAUCUACAACUUAUUCAAGCCAGCAACUAAAAGGGCAGAGACACAGCCUAAUUUUCUUGGUUCUAAAGUCCUAACAUCAAAUUUUGAAAAAGUUGAAACAUUUGACAUUAAAAAAACUGUUGAACAUUGGAUAAAUUAUCCGCAGGAAAAUUAUGGUAUUGAAUUAGAGCUGCUUCCGUGGUCGUCCAGUCAAAAACAUGACUCAGAAGACAAAGUGUCUUUUGAAGUAGAACUGGAAAUAGAAGUGCAAAAAACUGUUAAAGAAAUCCGGACACGUCGUGAAAGCUACACUGAGGACUGCCAGAGAAGCCAGAUCCAUUGUUGUAGGCGAUCGCUACAUGUGUCUUUUGAGGAGAUUGGAUGGUCAGACUGGAUCAGAGCCCCAUUAAGUUAUAAUGCCUUUUAUUGUGAUGGGACAUGUCCACUGAAGUACAAACUUGCCACGAUGCAUACACUUAUCAAAUCAAAGAUGCAUGAACUUUCAGAUGGAGCUAUUCCAGCCCCCUGCUGUGUGCCUGCAUCCUACGAGCCACUAACUUUGCUCCAUUUUAACAGUAAUGACAAAUUAGUACUGACAGCAUUUGAUAACAUGAUUGUCUCCAAAUGCCAUUGUUCUUAA